AAAAUAGAGAGACAGAGACAGAGACAGAGACAGAGGGGCUUUCUUGUAUAUUGCAUAAAAGCUCACUUUCCUCAAUCCAAGAUUAGAUUUUGGGAUUUAGAAGGAAAAAUAAGGCAGAGGAGUUACAUAAAAAUGGAAUCUUUAAGGCCUUACAGCUGAUUCCGUUCCACAUUCCUCCUGCCUUUCCCUUUUCUUGGUUGCCCGAAAGAUUAUUGUUUCAUCUGUACAUUCCUCUUCUUGAACUCUUCUUUCCUUUGAUGGAUCCUCCUUUCUUGAGAUUUGGCGGAAAGCAAAUCAGCAGCAGCUCACUUCACUCUCUGUAACUCUCCUCCUCUUCUUCCCAAUGCUCAGCUGCCGAAGCCGUGAGCUUGGACGGGCUCCUCUGUAGAUAUUCAAUGGCGGCUCACGCUCAUGGUCGUCGGACGAUGAUUCUUGUUGGCCUCUUUCUUGGGGUGGUCUCGGUGGCUUUUUCAGCUACGGACCCGAAAGACCUGGCUGUGCUGAAGCAGUUCCGGGACGGGCUGAGCAACCCGGAGCUGCUGCAGUGGCCGGACGGCGACAAUGACCCAUGUGGGUCCCGCUGGAAGCACGUCUUCUGCAGUGGCACUAGGGUUUCCCAGAUUCAGGUGCAGAACCUCGGCCUCAAGGGCCCGCUGCCCUCGAGCCUCAACCAGCUCAACGCCCUCACUGACCUCGGCCUCCAGAAGAACAGCUUCACCGGACCCAUCCCGUCCUUCAGCGGCCUCUCGGCACUGCAGAAGGCCUACCUCGACUACAACAGCUUCAAUUCCAUCCCCUCGGAUUUCUUCACGGGCCUCGACAGCUUGCAGUUCCUGGCCCUCGACGGGAAUGCCUUGAAUUCCACCGCCGGGUGGAUGUUCCCCGACGACUUGCGGAACUCGGCACAGCUGAUGAACCUCACCUGCAACCAGUGCAACUUGGCGGGUCCUCUGCCGGAUUAUCUCGGGAGCAUGGCCUCCCUCUCUGUCCUGAUGUUGGCUGGGAACUCUCUGUCUGGCCAAAUUCCGUCGAGUUUCGCGAACUCGAGCCUGGAGAUUCUCUGGCUGAAUAAUCAGGUAGGUGGCGGGAUGACUGGCCCGAUCACGGUUGUUGCCUCGAUGGGGAACCUUAGGAGCCUCUGGCUCCACGGGAACAGCUUCUCGGGGCCGAUCCCCAGCAACAUUGGCGACUUGGUCUCACUAAAGGACCUCAAUAUGAACGGUAAUCAGCUCGUCGGCGUGGUUCCUGAUAGUUUGGUGAAUAUGGAGCUAGACAGUCUAAACUUGAACAAUAACCACUUGAUGGGCCCGACCCCAAAGUUCAAAGCAGGUAACUCGAGCUGUGCUGCGAACUUCUUCUGUUUGCCCUCCCCCGGGGUGCCCUGCAACCCUCAAGUUAUGGCCUUGAUCGGGUUCCUCGAUGGGGUGAAUUACCCCUCAAGGCUCCUGAAUUCUUGGGAGGGAAACGAUCCUUGCAAGGGGCCAUGGCUCGGUGUGGGUUGCGGCAGCAAUGGAAAAGUUUCGAUGAUAAAUCUGCCCAAGAACAACCUUAGUGGUACGUUGAGUCCCUCGGUCGCGGACCUGGCGGAUCUGUCCUCAAUUCGACUCUCAUCGAACAAUUUAACUGGUUCAAUUCCCGCAAGCUGGACUUCUUUAAAGUCCCUGACUUACUUGGAUCUGAGCAACAAUGACAUUUUACCGCCUUUGCCGAAGUUUAGUACCUCUGUGAAGCUCAUGAUAAACGGUAAUCCAGUGAAUGGUGAUGGCAAGUCUGUACCCGCUGCAUCGCCUCAGAGCAGCACUUCACCGAGUGGCUCAGGCUCCCCGACUGGAGGUGGCUCAUCCUCAUCCCCCACAAAAGGCUCUGGCUCCACCACUUCAGGUUCAACCACUGGAUCCAGCAAGCCAAAGAAACUCAAACCCAUCCUAGUUGCUAUUGUUGCCCCUGUUGCAAGUCUUGCAGUCCUGAUAUUCCUCGCCGUUCCUCUCUACUUCUUCUGCAAGAAGAGGAAAGAAGCAGCCUCGCAAGCCCCAAACUCCCUUGUAGUCUACCCUCGGGACCCAUCUGAUCCCGACAACAUAGUCAAGAUUGCUGUUGCUAGCAACACGUAUGGAAGCACCUCGCUCACGGGGAGCGGGUCUCAGAGCAGGAACAGCAGUGGACGUAGGGAGGCCCAUGUGAUUGAGGCUGGCAACCUUGUGAUAUCGGUCCAAGUGCUGAGGAAUGUGACUAAGAACUUUGCUCCCGAUAACGAGCUAGGCCGAGGAGGAUUUGGUGUAGUCUACAAAGGGGAACUCGAUGAUGGAACGAAAAUCGCAGUGAAGAGAAUGGAGGCAGGUGUGAUAAGCAACAAAGCACUGGAUGAAUUUCAGGCUGAGAUCGCAGUUCUCUCAAAGGUCAGGCACCGGCAUCUAGUGUCCCUCUUAGGAUACUCCACAGAAGGGAAUGAGCGGAUUCUCGUGUACGAGUAUAUGCCCCAGGGCGCUCUCAGCAAGCACCUCUUUCAUUGGAAGACCCUGAAGCUGGAGCCCCUCUCAUGGAAGAGGAGGCUGAACAUUGCUUUGGAUGUUGCUCGAGGAAUGGAAUACCUUCAUAGUCUUGCGCACCAGAGCUUUAUCCACAGGGAUCUCAAGUCCUCGAAUAUCUUGCUCGGUGAUGAUUUUAAGGCAAAGGUCUCUGACUUUGGGCUCGUGAAACUUGCACCAGACGGGGAAAAGUCGGUUGUCACGAGGCUUGCUGGGACUUUUGGAUAUCUUGCACCAGAAUAUGCGGUCACUGGCAAAAUCACGACCAAGGCGGACGUGUUCAGCUUUGGGGUUGUAUUGAUGGAGCUACUGACCGGGCUUAUGGCCCUGGAUGAGGAGAGGUCAGAGGAGACCCAGUACUUGGUGGGCUACUUCUGGAACAUAAAGUCCAACAAGGAGAAGCUCAUGGCUGCAAUCGACCCCGUUCUCGAUAGGAAGGAGGAGACGUUCGAGAGCAUUGCCACGAUCUCAGAGCUCGCUGGCCACUGCACAGCGAGGGAGCCAGGACAGCGGCCCGACAUGAGCCAUGCCGUGAACGUGCUGGCGCCGCUCGUCGAGAAGUGGAAGCCGAUCGACGAUGAGACGGAGGAGUACUCGGGGAUCGACUACAGCCUCCCGCUAAAUCAGAUGGUGAAGGACUGGCAAGAGGCGGAAGGAAAGGACCUGAGCUAUAUGGACCUCGACGACAGCAAGGGGAGCAUCCCCGCAAGGCCUACGGGAUUCGCAGAUUCCUUCACCUCCACCGAUGCUCGGUAAAAGGGAAGAUGAUUCUUUUUUCUUCUUCUUUUAUUCCUUUUCUGCGAAAUGCAAUCGGUGCUAAGAUGGUGUGGUUGUAGAUAGGAAAUUAAACAAUGAUCAAUUAACGGAACUUCCUUUCCCCAUGA